AUGUCCAGGACCAGCCCCGUCGACACCACCUCGCCCACCGGCAGCGUGGACUACUCGGCAACCGACAUCGUCGACGCAUGGCGCACGCAACGCCUCGAGUUCAUCAAGAUUGACCAGAGCAACCAAGACAUCAGGGAGGCGCUCCCCCAGACCGAGCAGGACCCCGUGGUCCUCUCCCUGGCGUCGAGCCGUGCCCUGCGACCCAUUGGCGAGAAAGACCUCGACGACCAGCUGGCGGCCAUGAGCAACGCCCUCCUCGGCGUGGCCAUCUGUCUACGACCACCCGAGGGCGAGGGCGAGGGCGAGGGCGAGGGCGAGGACAAGCCCCACGCAUCACACGCGUCACCGAAACCGCACAAGGGAAGAAAGCCCACCAUCAUCGGAACAAUGUGCAUUGGAUGGGGCGGCGUCGACCCGAGAACUGCCCACCAUCGCUCGGCUCACAUGGGCAUUGUGCUCGCCAGGGCGUACCAGAACAAGGGCUACGGCCGCGAGGCCAUCAAUUGGAUGCUGGAUUGGGCCUUUAUGCACGCCGGGCUGCACACCGUGUGCAUGGUAGCUGCGAGCUACAACCAGAGGGGCAUCCACCUGUAUCAGGACAUUGGCUUCCGGCUCGAGGGGAGGCGGAAGGAGACGAUUUACUUCAACAGGGGGUGGCAUGACGAGCUGGAUUUCGGCAUGACGGAGAAUGACUGGGAGAGGCUGAGGGGCCGUGUCGAGUGA